AGUCCUAUAAGUAAAAGACACUUGAUGUAAAAAAACAAUACCCUUUGGUUUCCGUCGUUUCUAUUUUCGCAAUAUACUUCUGCUAUGGUAUUGCAUAGCUUAUACACCAACCUUUCUAAUCAAAUAAAGCUCAAUUUAAGAAGCCUUAAAAGGUGGUGCAGUUCAAGAAAAAUAGAGCACGGGCCUAUAAAUUGGAAUGCCAAUAAAGUAGGCAACUUAUCUGUUGCAAGGAUAAAAGAUAAAUCACUGACAAACUUAUACACAUAUAAACAGAGAUAUCUCAUGAGUACUCAAAUGGAGAGAUCGAAAUCAGCGAUACAGCCCCCAGUUUUGGGGAACUUGAUUACAGUACUUAGCAUUGAUGGUGGUGGAGUUAGAGGUCUUAUACCAGCUAUUAUCCUCGACUUUCUUGAGACUGAGCUUCAGAGAAUAGAUGGUGAAGACGCAAGAAUAGCAGACUAUUUUGAUAUAAUUGCAGGGACAAGUACCGGUGGUCUCAUCACUGCGAUGUUAACGGCUCCAAAUGAAGAAAAGCGCCCUUUGUUUGCGGCUAAGGACAUCAAGAAAUUCUAUCUCCAGAAGUGCCCAAAGAUCUUCCCUCAAGAUCGCAAUGUGUUGACAAAAAUUGUCAAGAGCUUAACUGGACCACUAUAUGAUGGGAAGUACCUUCACAACUCCAUUAGGAAGAGGCUUGAAAACAUCCGAUUGGAAGAUACAUUAACUAAUGUUGCUAUUCCUACCUUUGACAUCUCGACACUCCAGCCAACAAUCUUUUCCAACUAUGAGAUGAAGGAAAAGCCUUAUUUGAAUGCCUUGCUGUCGGAUAUUUGCAUCGCAACAUCAGCAGCACCUACUUAUCUUCCACCGCAUCAUUUUGAAACCAUUCAUGAGGGACAGAAGCAUGAGUUUAACCUAGUUGAUGGUGGUGUGGCAGCAAAUAAUCCGACUCUUAUUGCAAUGGGAGAAAUUGCUAAGCAACUCAUUCGCAAAAAUAGUGAUUUUCACGUACCUCAAACCCUAGAGUAUCGUAGAUUUUUGGUUAUAUCUAUCGGAACUGGGGAAUGCAAAAAGAAAUGGAAAUAUAGUGCCAAAGAGGCUUCAAAAUGGGGCUUGUUAGGAUGGUGGUUCAAUGCCAAUGGCUCUACUCCCCUACUUGAUAUUUUCACUCAAUCUAGCACUGAUAUGGUUGAUAUCCACCUUUCUGUUGUCUUCAAAGCCCUUGACGUCGAACAAAAUUACCUACGCAUCCAGGAGGAUGGCUUAGAAAGGACAUUGUCUUCACUUGAUAGAGCUACCAAGGACAAUUUGGAAUAUUUGAUUGAAGCUGGUGAAGGCUUACUUAAAAAGAAAGUUUCAAGGGUGAACUUGGAAACCGGAAAGUUUGUCCCUUACAGCGAAAAAACUAAUGAAGAUGCUCUCAAAGAAUUUGCAAAACAACUUUCAUGUGAGAAGCACCUUCGUGACCUUAGAUCGCCACGACCAAUAAAAGCAAAUCCAGAACCAUGUAUCAUGUCCGAGACAAAGCCAAAUUUUGGGGCUUUCGAAAAACCAAGCAUUAAUGUAUAAAGGAUAUAUAGGUUCAAUUACUAUAUCACUUUGAUGGUGAAGUAGGGCUAAGAUUGCCUUACAUAUGAUUUAGACUUUAUACAUAUGUUAAGAGAAGUAUGUAAGUGUUGCGUAUAUGAUUUUGUAACUAAGUUUUGCGUAUAUGAUUUUAUAACUACCUCUGAUCGAGGAAAGACUCUAGCUUGAUA